AUGUGCAUUUGCCUGUAUCAACCAGUAGUGAGUGGAGUGGCAAAGCGUGCACGAAAGUUCUUCCUUGGGUCAGUGCUGCUGAAGUCCACAUCAGACAUCACAACACAAUCCAUUAGAUACUGGCCUAAACUAGCUCAACAUUGCUAUGCUACUUUGAGACUACAGUCAGUCAUUCAUUCCUGCUAAGCGCCCAGACGACGCAGAUAAAACAACAUCAUGCUGCAAAAAUACUGUACGUGGCAAUCGAGCACGGCGCUGGUGUUUUUGGCCGGUUUGCUAAUCGUCGGAUGCAGUCUGGUUCGGUCACAGGAUGCUGGUGUCGGGGGAGGAGAGCAGGCGGAAACAAGGCCCUGGUACGAAACCCUGCCGGCCGUGGCCAUGGACUACAAGGUGCACAUCGAGGCGGGCAAAGAGGACUGCUACUACCAGUACGUUCAGCCCGGCAGCACUUUCUACGUGAGCUUUCAGGUCAUCCGAGGCGGUGACGGCAUGGCCGGAUUUGCUGUGCGCAACCCUCGUGGCGAAAUCGUCCAUCCCUACCAGUGGCAGGCGUCGAGCGACUUCACCGACGGGGCCUCGAUGGGCGGCUACUACGGCGUGUGCAUCGACAAUCAGUUCUCCAAGUUUGCCAGCAAGAUGGUCAACAUCUACCUGACCGUGAUCCGGUACGACGAGUGGGAAAAGUACACCAAGGAAAUCGAAGAUCUGAACGUCAACAUGAACAAUUUUACGUACGCCAUUUCGACGGUGGAACGGAAUGUGAACUCGAUUUUCCAGUACCAGUCCCACUCGAGGAAUACGGAGGCACGUGAUUAUGCGCUCAUCGUCGACAACAACUGGUACGUGCAGAGUUGGUCCAUCCUGCAGAUUGUGGUCAUCAUGUUGACGACCUCGGUUCAGGUGUACUUCGUGCGGAAACUGUUCGACGUCAAGUCCGGAACCGGAAGCAGUAAGAUGCGUAUAUAAUUGCGACAUUCUUUCGAGUGAGAGAGAGGGAGUAUCGUUAGCCAGGUGAAAACUAGUUCGGAAUCAUUCCAUUAUUUUGUGUAGAAGGCAGUCAGUCGCACAGUGGAAAAGAAACAACGAAUCGAUUGUUCCUUCGGCAGUGUAGUUGAUUUCUUAAGAUUUUUUUUCUUGUUUUCUUAAGUUCAGUACCAUAAUGACUUAAGAGGAACCGGUAUUGUUACGCACAGAUGUUCGUAAGUUUAAACAUUUAUCGUUGAUUCGGGCGAUGAUUCGAAAUUAUUAUGCGAGUUAACACGUUAGUUUUAAGUGAAUUAUAAAUGCAGUGAAUGGUUUUCAACCCGAAGGAAAAUAUUUGUGUAAUUACGUUACAUUCGUUCAGCGUUCGUCCAUAGGAGAAUCAAAUAUGAGUUUUUUUUAUUAAAAAAAUGUAAAUAAUAUUCAAA